ACAGUGGGUGCUAGUGAACGUCAGGGAGGUGUCAGUGUGCGUCCUCUCCAGGAGUCACAGGGUGUCAGUACCACUGGAAGGAUCCAGGUCUCUCAACGUGAGCACAGAAGAAGAAGAAGAAGAAGCACGACUACAUUGCGCACGCGUACACCACGUACACCAAUGCAUAGAUCGUUUCUGGCUGGAUGCUAGCUGGCUAGCUAACAGUCUGUCAGGUCUCACACAUUGGGUUAGUAGAAGGGGCAAGCGCAGCGGUGGAGAAGAAGGGUGACCCAAGCGCCGCUACGAAAUGGCCGGGCAACAGUUCCAGUACGACGACAGCGGCAAUACGUUCUUCUAUUUCCUAACGUCCUUCGUCGGACUCAUUGUGAUCCCAGCCACAUAUUACCUCUGGCCCCGGGAUCAGAAUGCUGAGCAACUUCGUCUCAAGAGCCUGCGGAGGGUGCACGGCAGGUGCCUCUGGUAUCGGCUCCGGCUGAUGAAGUCACAGCAGAGCAUCGUCCCAACGCUGAAGAAGGCAGCCUUGUUGUUUGGAUGGGCUGUGUUCCUGCUGCUAGCGUACAAGGUGUCCAAGCUGGACAGAGAGUACCAGGAGUAUAAUCCAUAUGAAGUCCUCGGCUUGGACCCGAGUGCGUCGGUAGCAGAAAUCAAGAAGCAGUACCGCGUGCUGUCGCUCAAGUUCCACCCUGACAAAGGUGGAGACGAGACAACGUUCAUGAGAAUUGCCAAAGCUUACGCUGCUCUGACCAAUGAAGUGUCACGACAGAACUGGCAAACGUACGGCAACCCGGAUGGACCGGUAGCAACCAGCUUUGGCAUCGCGCUGCCUGCGUGGAUUGUCGACCAGAAGAACUCUAUGCUGGUGCUGCUGGUGUACGGUCUAGCCUUCAUGGUCAUCCUUCCUGUUGUGGUGGGCACGUGGUGGUACCGCUCGAUCCGAUACAGCGGAGACCAGAUCCUCAUCAACACCACGCAGCUCUUCAUGCACUUCAUGUACAAGACUCCCAACAUGAACAUGAAGCGGUUAGGCAUGGUGUUGACGGCAGCGUUUGAGUUCGACCCGCGCAGCAAUAAAGAAGCCACCAUAAGACCCACAGACAACAUAGAGGUUCCACAGUUGAUCCGUGAAUUGGGGAAUAUUAAUGUGAAGAAGAAGGAGCCUCCGUUCUGCUACCCCUACAGUUUGAAGGCCAGGGUCUUGGUGCUCUCUCACCUGGCCCGCAUGGACGUGUCGGAGGAGCUGGAGGAAGAUCAGAGGUUUGUGGUGAGGAAGUGUCCAGCUCUCCUCCAGGAGAUGAUCAACGUGGGCUGUCAGCUCAACAUGAUGGCCAACAGCAGAGGAGGAGGUUUCCACGCUCCUCGGCUGGUAACCAUAGAGAACUGCAUGAAGCUGACCCAGAUGAUAGUGCAGGGCCUGCAGGAGUCCAAGUCGCCGCUGCUGCAGCUGCCUUACUUUGAGGAGGAGCAUCUCCGCUACUGCAUCUCUAAGAAGUAUAAGGUCCGAAGCCUCCAGGACCUGGUGAGCCUUAAGGACUCGGACAGACGUAGCAUGCUGCGUUUCCUGGGGGAGGAGAAGUAUGAUGAGGUCAUGGGUGUGCUGGGCAGCUUCCCUCACAUCACCAUGGAUACCAAACUGCAGGUCCUCGAUGAUGAAGACAGCAAUAACAUCACAGCGGGCUCCAUUGUCACUGUAACUGUCACCUUAACGAGAAAACGCAUGGCGGAUGUGUUUGAAAAGGAGCAGGAGACAACGCCAUGUCUAGGAGAGGAGGCAGCUCCUACAGAGGAAGCACAAGGAGACACAAGUAAAGCCAAAACCAAAGUAUGGCAGAACAAGAGCAAAGGGGCGAAGAAGACAGCUAAGUCCAAGAAGAAAAAAUUAACCAAGAAGAAGGCCACGCCCGCUCCUGUCAAAACCAAGCAGGCCAACGGCAACGUGGCGGGAAAUGACGUGGCGUUGGCAUCAACAGCUGCCGCAGUGGCGGCGAAGGAAGAAGAGGACGAGGUCUCGGACAAAGGCAGCGAGUCGGACGAGGGCGACGCCAACAAGGACUCUCCCAGCGAGAGGGACGACGACAGCGACAAGCAGAGCGACACAGAAGUCGACGAGAUGGCGGGCGACGACGAGGAGGAGUGGGAGGUGUUGCAGCAAAGCAUCCAGCGGCGGAAGCGGGCGCUGCUGGAAACCAAGUCGAAGGUGACGCACCCCGUCUUCAGCCUCUACUUCCCCGAAGAGAAGCAGGAGUGGUGGUGGCUCUACAUCGCUGAUCGCCGAGAUCAGACCCUCGUCUCCAUGCCUUACCUCGUGUGCACACUAAAGGACACAGAAGAGGUGGAGCUGAAGUUCCCAGCCCCCUCCAAAACAGGAAACUACCAAUAUUCUGUCAUCCUCCGCUCUGAUUCCUACAUGGGACUGGACCAGAUCAAACCACUCAAGCUGGAAGUCCACGAGGCCAAGGCCAUGCUGGACAACCACCCGCAGUGGGACAUCCCCGACACGGAGGAGGAGGACGAGGAGCAGGAGGACAGCGACGGCAUCGAGGAGAGCGAAGAGGACGACGAGGACAACGACUGAAGGCGCGCGGACUGCGCGCUCAGCCACCCAUCCACUCCCCCGACCCCACAACAGCACUCGAGAGCCGCCAACGAGGAGCAGCGAAGCCGCCGCCCGCCCGCCCGCCGCAAGCUACACACAGCGUCAGCGGGGACAGUUUAUACACACAGAGCCCUUCUCCAUUUUACCUUUACAAUGUCAUGGACUGUGACCCUAACCCUCCUCACCUUCCCCUCCUCCUCCUCCUCCUCCUCCUCCUCCUCCUCUUUCUCUUUUCUACAGAGACUUGCUCACUUUCCGUCGCAGGCGGAGGAGAAUUCUGUGAAUACUAACAGGCCCGUGUGUGUGCGCGUGCGUGCGAGCGUGUGAGUGUGUAACCUUGUAUGUCUUUGUACAGGUGUGAAAGAUGGACACACUGUGGACUGGAGGACCUAUUAUUACAUGGGCUCUUUUCUUCUUUUUCUCGAGGGGGGAGAGGGGAUGUGUAACAGCUGAUUUCAUUUGCAAAGUUAACAAAAACACACAACAAUCGUUUUUCCCAAGUCACUCGGCACCGACGUUUUCCUCACCAAUGAUUCUUUCUAUUGUACACUUAAACUACAGAAGUGUGAGCUUUAGCCUUCUCCGUGGAGGAUCGCAACCAUCGAGGCAUUUACUUCUUUCAGCACAUGGGGGCACAUUUAGUCUUGUCUUUUGUUUUUGUUUUUUUGUUUUUUCCUCUUCCGUCGCUAUCCCACCAGCUGUUCACUCGUACCUAUGUACUUGUACUCGGUGUAUGUGGAAGGAGAUAGAAACCCAGUCAGUUCUGUUAGUGACGCCUGUUCUGCCCCCCGUGGUCAACAUGUAUUCUCCUGAAAGAGACGGCUGUUUGUUUAGAGCAGGUGGAUCCGGAACGACGAAAAAAAACUUGCAGUGUUAAGAUUUGUUUGAUCGCAGGUAUGAGUUCUGCUGCAUUUUUAAGGGGCUAUAAAAUACUGGUAUAUAUAGAUAGACAUACUUGUGGCUUUAUCUUCAUCCUUUUUUUUUUUUUGUUUGUGUUGUUUUACAACUGUAGCACAUUCCAGUGUAUACUCGAUGUCCGAAAAAGGCCUUAUGAAUACAACUGAAGCACCGCGACAUAAAACUCAAUGGGUGCUAUGCACCAGUGGUUCCUGGGAGAGCUGUUUCUUUUUUCUUUUCCAUAAAAAAAUCUACCAUUUUUUUUUUUCAUCUGUUUGUUUUGUUCGGUUUAGUCUCUUCACAGUAACAUAUAUCCUGUCAGUCUCUUGGUACAUAUCACCGACCUUGCCAUCACAAAGCCUAACUAGUUAUACAGAAGUUAUAUGUGAGACGUACAUACUUUAAACGAAACACUUUUAAGACUGCGCGUAUUCUGUCCAGCACCUUUUUCUCUUUAGCCGGUUAAGAGGAGCAGGUUUACUUUUGUGAUUACUGCAGUUUCAGAUGGAAAGUCGUGUUAGUGUUUUUUUUCUUUUAUUUUUCUCUCCUCCAAAGAUUUUCCACCAUAAUCUCCUGGAAGAUUUUACUCUGAGUAAUUUAGUCCUGGCUAAUCAGAAGGACCUUCAUCUCAUUUAAAGUUCUCUCUCUUUUUUUUUUUUGUUGCAUUCUAACCACGAUUUUUACACGUGUUAGAUUGUGGAGAAAAUAAAACGGGAGUUUCCUCGUGACGCUCUCUGCGGGCUCUCACUGUAUGAUGCCGGUUUCGGUUUUAAAAUGAAUGAAUAUCCAUACUACAGCUAUUUUCUUUGGCUUUUACAGCUUAUAUUAGAGUGUUGUGUUGGUAUGAGAGAGAGAAAAGUUUGAAAUAUCCGUGGGCAUCCUGACUCCGCAUACACACGUGCAAACUAUACACCGCUCCCUCCAUUAUUGUGUUCAAAGCAGGCGUAUGCUAACAGGUAAUAUUGUAUUCUGAGUAUUUAUCGCUCUGCAAUAGAAUGUAGCAUCAGUGAUUUAAUGCAGGGUGGAAGAAAAUAAAAUAAAUAAAUAAAUAAACUGCAGUGAGGUUAAAUACGACACCAUCUCUCCCCCGACAGACCUGAACCAGGCUCCGUUAGGACAACUGACUACCCAACGACUAUCUGUCUGCCACUUUUGUUUACAAAGGAACUGUCAUUGUAAAUGGAAAAAUAUAUUAUUUGUAUUUAAAAUCAUUUCAAAUAAAAACUUUUAAAUGA